AUGCGUCUCUCUUACUUCCUGGCAGGCUCUCUAUCAGUGCUUGCCCUUCGUGCAGACCCUUUGCCUCUCCUGAAGCCGAACCCGGUUGUCCCAGUUGGGGCUCUCCAGCCAAGGCAGACCAUCACCCCUGGCGGUCCUCCUUGCGGACAGAACAAUGCUACAAACAGGGGCUGCUGGAAGAACUACUGGAACGUCAGCACGGACUAUGAACUGACGAUUCCCACCGGCACCACCAGAGUAAUUGAUCUCACCAUCACCAACAUCACAUCAUUCUCGGCAGAUGGUGUUGCAAAGCCUGUCAUGUUGAUAAACGGAAUCUUCCCGGGACCUGUCAUCCAAUGCGAUUGGGGAGACUGGCUGGAGCUUCGGGUCCAUAACAACCUCAAGGAUAACGGCACCGGCAUCCACUGGCACGGCCUGAGGCAGCUCAACAGCAACAACCAAGACGGCGCCGGCGGGAUCACCGAGUGCCCAAUUGCCCCCGGCUCCAGUCGAAGCUACACCUUCCGGGCUGUUCAAUAUGGCACGUCCUGGUACCACAGCCACUUCUCUAUCCAGUAUGGCAACGGCGUCGUUGGUGCCGUCGUGGUCAACGGCCCGGCCAGCGCGAAUUACGACAUCGACCUGGGGCCAUUCGUCCUUACCGACUGGUACUGGCAGACCGCCGACAUCUUGCAGCUCAAGGCUGAGCAGGCCACAGGCCCUCCGCCCCCGGCCGACAACAUCCUGUUCAACGGCACCAACAUCAACCCGCGGGGCUCGGGCGGGCGGUACCAGCGCGUCAAGCUGACGCCGGGGAAGAAGCACCGACUCCGCAUCAUCAACACCUCGGUCGACAACGGCUUCACCGUGUCGCUCGUCGGCCAUUCCUUCACCGUCAUCUCGACGGACCUCGUGCCGACCCGGCCCGUGGUCAAGACCCAGCUGUUCCUGGGCGUCGGCCAGCGGUACGACGUCGUCAUCGAAGCCAACCAGCCCGUGGCCAACUACUGGUUCAACGUAACGCUGGGCGGCGGCGGCCGCUGCGGCGUCUGCAACAACCCCUUCCCGGCCUCCAUCUUCUCCUACGACGGCGCGCCCGCAAACGCCAACCCGACCAACCGCGGCACACCCAUCACGGCCGACUGCAAGGACACGGUCGGCCCCUUCGUCCCCGUGGUCGUCCGGUCGGCGCCGCGGUCGCAGUUCGCAGCCCAGCACAGGGAGCUGCCUGUCAACCUUACGACGACGGUGACGAGCCGCGGCAACGUCUUCCACUGGCUCGUCAACGGGUCCGGCAUCGACGUCGAGUGGGACCGGCCGAUCCUGCAGUACGUGGCCGAGCGCAACAGCUCGUGGCCGCGCGCCGCCAACGUCGUCAGCGUGCCCCGGCGCGGCGUAUGGACCUUUUGGGUCAUCAACAACGCCCAGGGCUCGCUGCCGCAUCCCAUCCACCUGCACGGCCACGACAUGAUGGUGCUGGGCGCCGGCGACUCCGGCCGGUUCGACCCGGCCGCCGACGUGGGUCGGCUCAACUUCGACAAUCCCGUCCGCCGCGACGUGGCCAUGCUGCCGCCUGGCUGGCUCGUCAUCGCGUUCGAGACAAACAACCCGGGCGCGUGGCUGAUGCACUGCCAUAUUGGCUGGCACGUCAGCCAGGGGCUCAGCGUGCAGUUCCUCGAGAUCGAAGCCGAGAUCCCGCAGGUCAUGAAGCUGGACCAAAUCCAGCCCACGUGCGACGCAUGGCGCGCCUACUGGCCCAAGGCGUACUACCCCAAAAUCGACUCGGGUCUGAGGAAGCGGAUGGAUCUAGACUGGGGCCUUAAUGUAUAG